AUGUCGGAGGGUCGUCAAACACCUGAUAAUAAUGGUCCUGAUCAGGGCCCACCAGGCUCUGCAAUGCCUUCAACUGAAACUGAAGGUUCAAAGAAAACAUCAGCUAUGCUUAAAACUGCUUUUGAUGAUGGAGCACUCAAAGUGAUGGAAGAUGAAUUUCAGACUGUACUUAAUGAACUUGUUGGUGGUGAUCGAAGUUUAGAUAAAUUUCGUAAUGAAUAUGAAAAACUUCAUAAAGCAUUACUUAAAUCUCAUGAUAGUGAAAAACGUUUAAUGCAAAAAUGUCGAGAAUUAAAUGCUGAAUUAGUUACAAAUUCAGCAAAAGUUCAAUCUGCUAUGAAAUUAAGUGAAGAAGAUAAAAGUGCUAUUGCUUCAUUACGAAAAGAAAUUGAAAAAGCAUGGAAAAUGGUUGAUGCUGCACAUGAAAAAGAACAACGAGCAAAAGAAACUAUACAAAGUUUAAGAAUUGAAAUUAAUAAUUUAAGUAAAUUAGUCGAACAAGGAGCAGGUAUGAAUAAAUGA